AUGACACGAGCAAAUCGGAAGCAUACUUCAACGCCGAGCCCCGCCUCACUCCUCUCAAGUCAAUUAGCCACGGUAGACUCUCAUUCCUCAAGAAGGUCCUCUCCAAGACUGCCAAUUGCUGCUGGACAUGUCGAAACCCAGGCCUCAAUGUUCGUAUUAGCGAGCUCUUCUCAAAUAACAGCAGUAUCCACGGGUCUUCGGCUUUUCACGCGUGCUCGAUGCAUCCAAUGCAGUUGGUGGGACAGCCCAGCCUUGCAAAAAUUAAUGAUAUCCCAGGUUCUAGGUCUUCGGCUAGUCCAGAGUCUAAAAAAAGUUAAAUCUGCUACAGAUCGAUCGGAGGUUGAGGCACCGGACAGCAGGCGACUCUUAUGA